AGCUGAAAGAGGAGGCCGGUUGAACUGUCUCUUCUCCGGGCCUUCAACAGAUUGGACGAGGCUCACCCAGGAAGACCAAUCUGCAAUUGAUGUAAUGAACAUCCUUUGCAUAUAUCUUGGUCCAUGUGUGCGUGUAUUUCCAUAGGAUAGAUACCAUUGGUGACUUGAAGGGUAUGCAGUUUAAAAUGCUGAUAACUUCUACGAAAUGUCUUUGAAAAUGACUGCACUGUAUUUAUUCACAGAGUAAUUGUGUUUUGGAUUUUGCAACUGGAGCCUAUUAAAGAUGAAUGAAAAAAAGUUGGAAACAACUCCACAGCAGCGGAAGCUUCCUGAAUGGAUGUCUGGGCAGAAUGAGACCUGUCCUGCAGUAGAAGGAAAGGCAUCUAUUCAGAAGAGUGUUUUUGAAGAUGACCUCCCUUUCUUAGAAUUCACUGGAUCGAUUGUUUAUAGUUAUGAAGCUAGUGAUUGUUCUUUUCUAUCAGAAGAUAUUAGCACGGAUCUGUGUACUGGAGGUGUGGUAGGAUUUGACAUGGAAUGGCCACCAGCGUACAGUAAAGGGAAACAGAGCAGAGUUGCACUGAUUCAGUUAUGUGUGUCAGAGAGCAAAUGUUAUUUGUUUCAUAUUUCUUCUAUGUCAGUUUUUCCUCAGGGAUUAAAAAUGUUGCUUGAAAAUGAAGCAGUUAAAAAAGCAGGUGUGGGAAUCAAAGGAGAUCAGCGGAAGCUUCUAUGUGACUUUGACAUCGAUUUGAAGAAUUUUGUGGAGCUGACAGAUGUUGCCAAUGAAAAGCUGAAAUGUACAGAGAUCUGGAGCCUGAAUGGUUUGGUUAAACAUCUCUUCGGCAAACAGCUUCUGAAAGACAGGUCUAUCCGCUGUAGCAAUUGGAGUGACUUUCCUCUCACUGAGGAUCAGAAACUAUAUGCAGCCACUGAUGCAUAUGCUGGUCUCAUCAUUUAUCAAAAAUUAGAGAUUUUAGGUGAUGCUGUGCAAAGGUUUGCUAUAAAUAAAAAAGAGGAGGAAAUGCUACCUAGUGAUGUGAAGAAACAACUGACAUCAAUCUCUGAGAAUAUGAUGGAUCUGGCUAAGCAUCUCCCUGACACUUGGAAAAAAGUGGAAGAUCCACAGAGGAUUUCUAUAUUAUUACGUGAUAUUUCAGAAAAUCUGUAUUCAUUGAGGAAGAUGAUACUUGGUUCUGCCAAGACUGUUCAGUUAUUACCAUUGGAAGAUCCAGCUGCUGACAGAGUACAACAGAAACAAAUUAGAAAACAGAAAAUUUUUCCUGAAGUUGAAGAUGAUCUAUGGGACACAACACUUGAUAAUUUAAUUAUACAUGAUGAAGGAAAUGUACUUCGAAAUGAACUGAAACAAGAAGAUGGGCUUGAAGCUGGAUUAGAAGAAGGCAAUAAGUUGAAAGAGAACACAGAAAGAAUUUGUUUGACGUCAUUAGAUAUUACAGAACGUGACCUCCAAAUUUUGGAACAGCAGGCUCAGGAAAAAUUUCAUAAUGAUGUGACUUGCAAAUCUCCUGAGCAUUUAUCUUCUAAGGAUAAAGAAGAGGAUCUAUCUUAUGUAAUUGAAAGUGAUGAAGAUUUAGAAAUGGAGAUGAUUAAGUCUUUAGAAAACCUAAAUACUGGCACGGCAGAUCCAGUUCAUUCAAAAUGCAGAGACAUGGAAAGAAAUCCGGAUGUUCAUUUUGAAGAUGACGAAGAUGAGAUUGAAGCUAUUGAAGAAGAAGAGGAGGGUGCAGACCAUUCAUUACCAGGACCUAAUGCAAGCCAAAUUAAUUUCCUCAAGAUCUAUUUUGGCCAUUCCAGUUUUAAGCCGGUUCAGUGGAAGGUGAUUCGUUCUGUUUUGGAAGAAAGGAGAGAUAAUGUUGUUGUGAUGGCAACUGGAUAUGGAAAGAGUUUGUGCUUCCAGUACCCCGCUGUAUAUUCAGGCAGGAUUGGCCUUGUCAUCUCUCCUCUUAUUUCUUUGAUGGAAGACCAAGUCCUCCAGCUUAAAAUGUCCAACAUUCCAGCUUGUUUUCUGGGAUCAGCACAGUCAAAAAAUGUUCUAGAAGAUAUUAAAUCAGGCAAAUACCGCAUUGUAUACCUAACUCCAGAAUUCUGUUCAGGUAACUUGAGCCUACUCCAGCAACUUCAGGCUAAUAUUGGUAUCACCCUUAUUGCUGUGGAUGAGGCUCACUGUAUUUCUGAAUGGGGACAUGACUUUAGAAUUUCGUUCCGGACUUUGGGCUCCCUAAAGGCAAUACUCCCAUCGGUUCCGAUUGUUGCACUUACUGCCACUGCAAGUUCUUCAAUCCGGGAAGACAUUGUGCGCUGCUUAAACCUGAAGAAUCCUCAGAUUACCUGUACUGGUUUUGAUCGACCAAACUUGUAUUUAGAAGUUGGGCGAAAAACAGGAAACAUCGUUCAGGAUCUUGUCCAAUUUCUUAUCCGAAAGACAAAUACCACCUGGGAAUUUGAGGGUCCAACUAUCAUCUAUUGUCCUUCCAGAAAAAUGACAGAACAAGUUACAGCUGAACUUAAGAAACUGAACUUAGCCUGUGGAACAUACCAUGCAGGCCUGAGUGUUAAAUCAAGGAGAGAGGUUCAUCAUAGUUUCAUGAGAGAUGAAAUUCAGUGUGUCAUAGCUACCAUAGCUUUUGGAAUGGGCAUUAAUAAAGCCGACAUUCGCAAAGUCAUUCAUUACGGUGCUCCUAAAGAAAUGGAAUCGUAUUACCAGGAGAUUGGGAGAGCUGGCCGUGAUGGACUUCCGAGUUCUUGUCAUGUACUGUGGGCUCCAGCAGACAUUAACUUAAACAGGCAUCUCCUUAGUGAGAUUCCCAAUGAAAAAUUUCGAUUAUACAAAUUAAAGAUGAUGGCAAAGAUGGAAAAAUAUCUUCAUUCCAGAAGAUGUAGGCGAAAACUCAUCUUGUCUCAUUUUGAAGACAAACAACUACGAAAGGCCUCCGUGGGUAUUAUGGGAACUGAAAAAUGCUGUGAUAAUUGCAGGUCCAGAUUGGAUCAUUGCUAUGCCGUUGAUGACUCAGAUGAGACAUCAAAGGACUUUGGUCCACAAGCAUUCCAGCUGUUAUCUGCUGUGGAAAUCUUAGGAGAAAAGUUUGGAAUUGGACUUCCGAUUUUAUUUCUCCAAGGAUCUAGUUCCCAGCGUCUUCCAGAUCAAUAUCGCAGACACAAUUUAUUUGGCAGUGGCAAGAAUCAGACAGAGGGUUGGUGGAAGGCUUUGUCCCACCAGCUCAUGGCUGAGGGAUUCUUGGUAGAAGUUUCUGGGAAACGCAGAUUUGUAAGGAUUUGCACUCUUACAGAAAAGGGCAGAUGUUGGCUUCAUGAAGCUGGUACAGAGUCUCCUAAGAAACUUAUCCUCCAAGCUAGUGAAGAAUUGUGUCCGAGGGUGUUUCUUCUACCAAGUUCUAAAACUGUACCACCUGGCGUUGAACAGGGUUCCUAUAAUCAAGUACCAGCUGAGUCAACCACAGACAAGAAGCCUAACUUGGAGAAGAUGUAUUCUUAUAAAGCAACUGAUAAAAUUUCUUCUGGGAGAAACAUUCCUAAAAAAAGCAUCAUGGUGCGUUCACCAGGAAAACCUCACAAGUCCUCAGAACCUAUUAUUUCAGCUCAAGAGCAGGAGACUGAGACUGUGUUGUACGGCAAACUGGUGGAAACCAGGCAGAAACAAGCCAGUAAAAUGGAUGUCCCUCCAGCUAUCCUGGCAACAAAUAAGAUACUACUGGAUAUGGCCAAAAUGAGACCUACUACAUUUGAAAAUGUGAAGAGGAUCGAUGGUGUGUCUGAAGGCAAAGCUAAUAUGUUGACCCCUCUGUUGGAAGUCAUCAAAGAUUUCUGUCAAAUAAAUAGCACUCAGACAGACCUCUUUUCAAGUACAAAACCUCAGGAAGAACAAAGGAACAGCGUGGUGGCAAAAAAUGAAGAAUGCUCCCUUUCACAGCCUGUGGCCAUCACGUAUUACUUAUUCCAAGAAAAGAAGAUGUCUUUGAUAAGUGUAUCCAAGGAGAGGGUUAUGCCUGUCACAACGGUUGGGAUGCACUUAACCCAAGCAGUGAAAGCUGGCUGCCCACUUGAUAUGGAACGAGCAGGCCUGACUCCAGAGGUUCAGAAGAUUAUUGCUGAUGUUAUCCGAAACCCUCCCAUCAACUCAGAUAUAAAUGAAGUUAAACUAAUUAGAAAGCUGGUUCCUGAAAACAUUGACACGUACCUUAUCCACAUGGCACUUGAGAUCCUGGGAAAAGACUGUGACAACAGACUGUUAGACCAGCUUUCAUGUACUUCCAACAGAAAGAGAUAUUUCCCCAACUCUGAAGAGAGCUGUUCAAGUUCUAAGAGAAGCAGGGAAGAAGUAGGCGCUAAUACCAAGCCUGCUUCUGUAACCUCAAAGAGAAAAUUACCUGAGUGGUUUGCCAAAGGCAGUGAGACUUCAGCUGACACCAGCAAGAAAUCAAUGGCCAGAACAAAAAAGAAAGGUCUUUUUAGUUAAACUGUCAAUUGCCAGAGGAAUUGUGUGUGUCUUACUGUAUUAGAAGAGGGGAGCUGUGUUUCAUUUCUGAAAAUAGUGGUGACGAGUACUUCAGUUUACAAAUUAUUCUAAUCUCAAAAGUCAGACUAACCCAUUUGUUGAACAGCUAACAUCUUAAAACAGCCUUGUGCAGUUUACUAAAGUUGAGUCUUCUGAGAGCCUGAGUGAGUAAUCAUAGAAUAGAAUAAAUACAUUAAUCUCCUUUACGCUUCUCUAAGAAACCGUUACUGCUCUGUUUCCUAAUCUCUUUAUUUCAGCAGUAUGUUUAAGGGGGGCCGAUUUGAUAUAAAUAACAGACUGGUGGUUGUAGGAUGAUUACGUGUGCGAUAGAAAAUCUUCAUAUAUUACCAGCUUUCUUUCUUGUGAACGAAGGAAGCAUAGUUAUUUUUACAAAUUGUCCUUACCAUCUUUACAAGAAACUCUUACACACAUUGAUAAAUGGUAUUAGUGGAACAGACCAGUGAAAAUGAAACAUUCUGGGUUCCAUGCAUGUAGAGAAAAAUAAUGUAGCAAAGGAGACCAACUUCACUAGGUAACCAUGCACUUUGUAUUUUGUAUACUAUUUCUAUUAUCUUUCAAGUACUAAAUUCCUUCAUACUGAAUAUUACAAAAUAUAUAUAUGUUAUAUAUGCAUUAUAUAUAUGUGUGCGUGUAUAUAUAUAUAUUUUUUUAACUUUUACGUAAUUACCUUGAGCACUUUCAGUUUUUGAGGAUGUUGGAGUUUGAUUGUAAUCCCUCUUUAUGUAGCACAUGUGACUUCGCUAUCGAAACCCAUACUCUGACGCUGAGUUUGGUAAACCAUGGUUAAUAACACUUUAACCAGUUCACCUUACGGACUUUAACUGAUGUUUUUGUAACUAAAAAUCACUGUUAAUAAAGAAGAAAUAUUGUAGGAGAACUAGAAAAUCUGGAGAGAUGAAAAGAAGAAAAUAAAAAUCACUGGUGGUUGUACCCAGCAGAUCAUCAGUUAACCCCUUCUGUGUAUCCUGCUGAGCCUCUGUAUUCACUGCUUUUCUUAGUUUGAUACAUGAAUAAUAAUGUGUUUUCUUUGUAAAACAUUUAAGUUAAAACACAAAAGGUCCCUGUAUUCCCAUUUUCCUACAUCUCAUUACCAUUCCCUUUCCAGAAAGUAUCUCCUAUUAAGUACGUGACUUACAGUUCUCUAGUCAUUCCUUACGCAUUUACAUGCCUUUGCUUAUAUAUCUACACAUACGUUCCUGUUUUUUAAAGUGAGUUAGAUCAUGCUGUAUGCAACUUUCUGCAGCAAACUCUUUUCACUUAAUAUGUCAUGAAGAACUUCCCAUGUCAGUAUAUAUAUUGGUCUGUCUCAUUCUUUUUUACAGCUACCUACCAUUCUAUAUUGGUGAAUAUAUUA